AUUCUAUCGUAUUUAACGAAUAGGGAUGUGACACUUUCAUAAUGAAAGUUGGACAGCUAACCUAGCCGGGCGCGACUGAAACGAAGUUGAAAGUGAGGGCAAAAUUAAGUUCGCGCUCUUCUGCCCAUGUAUUUUUGGUAAUCGUUCUGAAAACAAAGUGGUUUGUGGAUCAUUUUACGUGUACGUAUGUGUAAUCUACUUUGUGUGUGAGCGUUGUGACUUGCUAGUGACACUAAGCUUCAGCGUCAAAUUCAAACGUGUGGAUGUUUGUGUUAAAGUAUCAAACAUGAAUAACUCGAGUAUUCCUGACCCUGUUCAUGUUUCAUUUCCAUGGACUGAAUCCAAUAGAAGUGUGACUCUCUCUUCAAACAGAAUCUCUGUGCAAGAAAACCUAUCUGCCAAUAAAACUAGUGAAAUGACUGGAGCAGCAAGUGUAACAUGCGUAGAGAGAAAGCAGCGUUCUGCCUCUCCAAUUUUGCGAAUUGAAAACUCCUCAAAUGAGCGUCUCGAAAAAGAUGUAUAUCAUUGCGAAAAGGAAAAAUUACUAACUCAUAAUCCAGACUGUGCUGGAGAUCAUGAAGGAUCCCGAAGAAAUCAAAUUCUCCACCGUUCCCCUGAAUACCGACGGUAUCAGGAAGUGCGUGGGAGAAAACUGGCUAAUGUACACGAAAGUGAUGCAGAUGAAGUUAAAACUCGUCAUGUAUUUGGAGCUCUUGACGUGAAUCGGUCUUUGGAUGAUCAGACUUCUGACGCCGUUCCCGAAUCUCCUGUAACAGCUCGUAUACCUUCCCCAUCAUCUGCAUCGAGUAUCACAUCCGGAAGGCGUUUGGAAUGGGAUAGCGGUGCAGAUGUUGGAUAUUAUUUUGAAGGAAACCAUAACCUUCAUUCCGGAGCUUCAUUAAGCACUAUUGAAAGAAUAGCUUUAGCUCAUGGACGUUCCAGUGGUCUUUUUGAGAGGUUAGAUCCUGAAGGCAUAUGUGGACCACCAAAACCAGUGCUUGGUUUGCAUCUCUUAAGUGAUGAAUUGGAUUCACCAAUUGCUAAAUCAACUCCUGUCUAUAAAAGUGGAAGCAAAAGGAAGGAAGAGAAAGAAAGUGCAGAAAAGGGAUCUGUAGUGCCUUUAGUAGAACCACCUGAAACUGUGCUGCCUGGGGGAUAUCUUUAUCUCCAUUCACCUGAAGAAUUUGGGAAUGAAAUGGCCCCAUUGCCAAGAAAUGGAUCCGAAGGCCAAAAUGAUGAUAGUACUGAUGAAGACAAGAUUCCUCUGUCAGAUAAUUUAAAUAAAAAACAUAGUAACUCCCUAGUCAAUUUGAAUUGUAGUUGUGAUGAAGUACCAAGUUCAGUUCCUCGUAGCAAAAGCUACCUUAACCUUCUGGAUAGUGAUAAUGUGAAUGUACCAGCAGUGGAAAGAGCUGUGCCACCAUCCCGUUUCCUGGCAGGUACAUGCUCUGUAUCAUCUUCAUCAGUUGCCACAAUAGUGCAGAGACCGAUUUUCCCAAAGACAUGUGAUAAAUUUAUUCAGACAUUACCUCUGAAACUGUCAGUUGGUGUGCAAGUUAGUGAAAAUACGGACCACUCACAUUUUUCUGAAAAAAAAUCAGAAUUAUCUUAUGAUGCAAUUUCAUCUUUGCCAAAAGAAAAAGAUGAGACUAAGAAGGAAAAACAAAAAAUCAGUAAUGUUAGUAAUGCGUCCCAAAACCACAAGUGUAAAGGAGCGCAUAAGAAGGGGGCUUUAGAUUAUAAUCAUUGUCAAAAUUACCAAUUUCAGUCCUCAAAUCCAUCUGAUAAUAAUAAUAAAACUGAAAAGUCUUCAGAAGAAAUCCAUGUAACUAGAAAAGGAAGUUCACUUAUGAAAGAAUUUCAAUCUUCAGAGAAAGGUACCCUUGACAGUGCUGCCAGUAGUUCACAGACGGUUGAGUCAUGUGUAGAAGAGACCUCGUGUUCUGGAAUGGAGCAACCACGAAGAACUCAUGUUGGCUCUUCAGGUGUUGCAGAUAGCACAAAUAGUUUUGAAUAUUUACCGGGACAUGUGUUUGAUAGAGCAUCAAAACGUCCAAGUGAUGCAUCAAAAUGGUCUGCAGCAUCCACCACGUCAGCAAACAAAGUGACUUUGAAAUCAAAUGCUUUGAAGGAAGUGAAUGGAAGAAGUGAUUCACGUUCUAGCUCUCUCUCAAAGGACAUUGAAGAAGGUGUGGAACUUCUUCAGAAACUGAUGUCUGAAAAAUCCUAUAAUGGGAAAACAAAAAAGAAAUUAAUUCGACUAAUUGUGAACAAGUUAGUUGAUACAGACUAUCCAGAAGAUCAUAAUGAUAAACGGUUCCAGACAGAUUCUCUUUCAUGCAAUGUUCCGUGGGUUCCUGCUUCUCAAAGUUCCCAACAUUUGAAAGUACUUCAAGCAUGUCAGUACUUGCAUUCAGAAGAAAGGAAACCUAAUCAGAACUUUUAUACACCUUCUAGUAGUGAAAGCAGCAAAGAUAGAACUGAUAACAGUGCUAUGACUGAAAUACAAACUUCUCCAUCAUCAUGCACACCUUCUGGUAGUGUAUCUGUGCCUGGUGACAAUGAGCAAAGUCAAGGAGAAACCUCUGAAGUGUCCUCAAAUAUUUUUGACAGUUCGAGGAAACACUGGAAGUCACCAACAUCUCAGACUGAGGAAGAUUAUGAAACCAACCGAGCAAAGUUUGUUAAAAACUCUAGUCCAACUCCUUCCUUGUUGCAUUUAUGUAAAUCAGAACAUGAGAAGCAACUCCAGUGGAUUCGUUUUGAAAUUGAUCAUCUGUCUCAGUUAAAACAGUUGCUUGAGAAACAAGAAGGUUCUAAAUCACAUGCAAACCUUGCUGAUCAUGAACAUAAAUUCCACAAAAUUAAAUCUGCUAAUAAGAAUCACUCGCCUAGCAGAGAAUUUCAUAGACCAAAGAGAAGUGGAAAUGAUGAUUGGAGUAAUAGUAGGCUAAAGGACAAUUCUAGUCAAGGAAACACAUCAUUGCAAACAUGUUCCUCCUCCACUCUGAGCUACCAAGACCCUUUGCCUCCCCACAGCUGCUACCAUUCAAAGGGCCUUAGAGGGCAGAGCACACCUCAGGCUGAGGAGAGAAGUAUGAGGAAGACUGAUAAAAGAAAAGAUUUGUCCACCCAGACAUUAUCUCUAGAUUCAUACAUUCUCCAAAAUGGUAGCUCUAAUUCAGGCUUAAAAGGUAUUAACAGUGAUGAUGGACAAUUGAAUGUGUAUGUUCAAACAUCUCCCAGGGCAUUGGAAAGGCAGGAGAAAACCUUCCACAAGCUUCCAGCUGUUGCAAGAAUUUCUGAAAGUGCGAGGAGGAGUUACGAAAGUGCAGUGAAAUGUUGUUGCGACUGCAGAAAGGCUCUUGAAGGGUUAAUGAAGAAAGAUGAUCGUGCUCAAACGUAUUGUAGAUGUGAAUCCAUGAGUUUCGAGAGUGAUCAUCUUGUGACAGAUACCAGUUCUUCUUUGAGACAAACAGGUACUUCAACUGCAUCUCAUACCCCAGAUGGAAUAUCUUUGCCUCAAGAUGCAAAAUUUCCACCUCAAAAACGAGAUAUUGCCACUGAAACCGUUGUAAAUAAAACUGUACAGACCACACCGUCUUUAAAUGACAUUCCAAUAAUAAGGCCUAUCUGGAGUCACGAAGUUUCCAAAGACUCCUCUCGGAAAGCUAGGGAUAAGUUCUGCCCCUGUUGUGGGCUUCGUGAGAAGUCUUUUGAACCAAAUGAAAGGAUGCAUGUCCAGGAAAAAACAAAGAAGAAAAUGGAACCCAAAACUCCAUUUGUGGAUGAAAAAGGAAAGCAUCACACAAUCUGUGAUGCAUCAGUGCAAACUUCUAAUAAAGAGCCCCUUGCGUAUCUCCUAACAUUUGAACCAACCUGCAAGGAAAACAUAAGAACACAGAAUAAAGACAUGUUACCUGAAAUCAAAUUACUUGUGCCAGUCAAUCAAAAUAGGUUAGAAAAUGAAAUGAAAAGAAAGGCUUCUAAUUUGAGUACUUCUAAAGAGAAUCAGUGUCCUCUGAAGACUGGCCAGCCUAAUGAAGAGAAAUGUAGCUCGUCUGAAAAGGAAGAGGGAAAGACAACACAAAAAAUCACUUUGCAGGAUUAUCUUCGGGCAAAUCGACCAGAUUAUAUUCAACAUGCUGACAAGAGAAGUCAGUGUUUGGCUGACUUGGCUCUUCUCAGAGACUUGAGGAAACAGAAGAGAUUGGAACUUCUGGCCAUGACUGACCAAGCUCAAAAUGAAAAUCCUAAAGAUGUACAUUCAAAUGAAAGAAUAGUCUUCUCAUGUGCAUCUGUACCUUGUAAACCUAAACUCACAUCUCGACUAAUACGUGAACAAUCGCGAAGGAAGUAUCAUAAAACCAGGGAAGUACAGAAUAAAUUUGUGGAAAAAAAGAAAAAAGAAGAUUUUAAGACAAACCGCCUUAUGGCUGAAUUGUUUACCAAAAAACUGCAGAAAAAAGUACUAAAGGGAGUAGUGAAUCAUUCCAAUAGUGCAAGCAUUAUCUCCAGUGUUCCUUAAAUGUGUUUCUAAUACAAUCCCUUCUUCAAAAGAAAUAGGGCUUGUCAGUAUUUUUUAAAUAUUUGUACAUAAUUUCGUCUUUAACUGUUCGUAAUAAAUAUAUAUUUUAAGAAACUAG